AUGUAAUAUUUUUUUGUUUACAGAAUGAUUUGGAUUUCGGAUAUUUUGACUUAUUUUUAGAUACUUUAUUAAGUGGAAAAAAGGGUAGUAAGCGAUGAAUCAACGUUUAUCAAUUAAAGUCGUAGCACAAGCCAAAUGAUUAUAUAAUUUUAAGAAAGAAUGAAAAUGGAUGAACUGCUCUUCAGAAGUACUCAAAAAAUCGAACAUUUGCAGGUCAAAAGUCAAAUAACAGCUUCAAAAAUCAGAGAUGAACUAAUUUUAUACAUAGCCCAAGGAAAGUUGAUUUUACUAGAACUAUGGAGUAAUCCAGCACUGGAACAUGCCAGAUUGAAUUUCAGUGAAAAACUAACUACUUUCAUAGCUUCCACCAAAGAAAUGAAAAGCCUCAUUAUUUCUUAUGCCAACCCCAAACAUAUGUACAUAGCCUUUCUGAACAUCUUUGGAAAAAAGUGGACCACUAGAGAUGUUUACUUGGCAUGCUCAGGACUGAUUGUGGGAGGCCUUAUAGGUCUAACCAUAGGUUUAACAAUUAGAAAAAGAGAACCCCUCUUAAGAUACAUGCAAGCCAUCCAGUGCACCAACUAUUUUGGACCUGAGUCUAUAACUGUUGCAGAAGAUGCUCUUGCCCCCUAUGAAUGCUCUGAAUUUGAUGUACUUGUUAAUGUUAAAGCUGCUUCCAUACAAAUGAUUGAUGUGCAGAUUUGUAGUGGAUAUGGAAAGACUUUGAGAGGGAUUCUUCAAAGGAUGUAUUCUCACUCUUCCUCCAGAUUGCCUGUUAUUUUGGGAAGAGAAUGUGCAGGAAUUAUCACAGACAUAGGGCAGAAAGUUAGCAGGCUGGAAGUAGGGGAUGAAGUGUGGUUAACAGUCCCUUUUUGGUGCCAAGGCACUUUGUGCCAAUCUGUGUUGGUUAAUGAAAAGAGAGUGUCUAGGAAGCCAAAAAAUAGUGCUUUUGAGGGGGCCUGCAGUCUUCCAUACUCUGGCAGCCUGGCACUGUCUGCACUAGGAGAGGCAAGAAUUGAAUAUAUGAAUGCUAGGGAAAAAAGAGUCCUGGUUCUGGGAGGCUGCACCCCAGUGGGCUGCGUUCUCAUCCAACUCCUGAAACACUGGAACGCCAUCGUGACAGCCACUUGCUACAAGAGAGCAGUACCGGUGGUAACAGCGCUAGGCGCCUGCAGCAUAAUAGUGCUAAACGACGUUAAAUCCGUUUCAGACGGCGACAAACGCGAUCAGAAUAAGGCUUUCUUGAAAGAAUUGGAAACUAGAGGAGAGGUUUACGAUGCUAUUGUGAAAACUGGAUUGGAGGGGGAUUUGAAGAUGGAGGAGCUUAGGGAGUUUUUGAAGGUGGACGGGACCAUAAUAUCGACGCUGCCGCCUCUGCUUACUUCGGAUGGUUACGGGUUCUUCGGGCGGUGUAUGCUGGCGGUUUAUGUCAAUUUGAAGUACAAGUUGCAGAACAUGUUUGGAUUGCCAACGAACGAUUUCGACGAGACGCACUUAUGUUAUGUAACAUUGGAUAGACUGACUCAGUAUGUCGAAGAUGGUUACUUACAAACGGUAGUCGAUAAAAUAUAUCAGCCCCAGGACAUAGAUGUCGCUGUCAAUCACAUACAGGACCCGCAGGCCAUCGGCAGUACCGUUGUUACAUUCAGAUAACGAUAUUUUUACUCGUUUCGUAUCGAAUCUGUAGUAAGAUUAAAAUGGUGAAUAUUUAUGAUGAAUUGACAUUUUCAACACUGCCUAUUUGUUUCUGGAAGUUUUCAGUUAGGACUGACAAAAAUAGUGAAACAAAGUCUAAUCGUCCUUAAUAAAAUAACCAAUUUUUAUUCGCCAUUUUAAGUCGUGACCUGACAUCUGAACCUCAGAGUCUGAAUGAUUUUAUAAUUUGGAUAUUGUGACACUUUUUAUAUUUAAAAUUUUCAUCUAGAUCAAUUUAUCAUUGUUAUAGUACAAAGAGUAUUUACAUAUUAUAUUGUUGGUAAUUUAAUAAACAAAUAAUAAACU